GGUUUCUGAUUACAACGGAAAUUCAGAAUGGGAUCAGGGUUCAGUAAGCUGCGGAAACCUACACAAAGCAUCUCUGGUCCAGAUGGUUCCACAGACGAUGUCGUGAAUCAAGCAAGACUUACGCGAAUUUUAAAAGAUACUUGCCAAAGUAUUAUGCGUGAUAUUCUUAUGCAUAUUUUCAAGAGCGAAAGCAAUUUUGAAAGCAGACUAAAAAAUUGUAAACAAAUAAAAUUGUAUCCUGAUGAGGAAGAAAUACUUAUUCCACCUCAAGGACAAUGCUCCUUUAAAAACAUAGAUUUUUCCCUGGCUUAUAAAAUUUUCAGAAAUGUUUGCCCAACAGAAAUCAAGGCAUCAACGGUGACUAAAUUUGGUACACAUCCGUUACCAAACGACAGAAGUCUUCUUGCCUCUAUUGAAAGACUGCGAACAAUAAGAAACGAUGAUGCGCAUAGAACAAAAGCUGCAAUACCCCAUGAAGAGUUUGAAAAGUCAUGGGAAGAAAUCAAUGGAGAAAUAGAAAACAUAGAAAGAUUAUUACAUUUAGGAACCACACAUAGUGAAGAAAUGAAGAAAUUCAAAACAAUCAACAUUGAUCCUGGGACUGCAGAACUUGAGAGACAAGUGCUUUUGAAGGAAAAGGAGUUACAAGAUCUAAAGGAAAAUGGUGAUCAAAGUAAUUUCGGCAGACAUUUAGAGGAAAACGUGCAUGGGAAUGAGUUAAAAGAGGACAGUGGAAAGAUGCAACAGAUAUGGCAGGAAUUAUUAAACCUCCGCCACGACCUCGACUGUUCAGUGAAUACUGGAGCACAAAGAUUCAUGGAUUCAUGGGCGACAGAUGACGGAUUUUUCGUUGAAACUGAAUGUUAUAAAAAAGCACAAUCAUACUUGGAAACGCAUCACAAAUUGAUGUUAAAAGGAAGAAGUGGCGAUGGCAAAACUGCAAUGGCUAUGCAUUUGGUUUUUCACUACGUGAGGAAAAAGGAUUUUCGUCUGAGUAUAAUUCAUACCCCAGCCGAAUUAACAACUGAAUUGCAAAGGGGAGAAAAUGUAGAUCGUAUCAUUCUGGCGGAUAACCUAUUCGCCAGUUGUGAGCAUGGUUUAUCUUCCUGGGAAAAAAAAUCCGAUUAUAUCAAGAGAAUAUUUUUACCAUCGAGAAAUUUCAGAACGUUGUACUUUAUCAUGACAUGUCGUUCAGAUGUGCUAUCGAAAGUACAAAAUAUGUAUACUUUGGCUUUUAUUGAACCAGAAUGGACGGUUGAUUUAACCACCAUAGAUAGAGCAGAAAAGAAAGCCAUUUUAAAGGGAAUGUUGGAUCACUGUAGCGAUCCACCAAAGAUCCUAGAUCAGGAUUUGGAUGACAUAGCAGACAAUGAGACACCGUUGAUAGGUUUUCCACAAUGUGCAAAGAUGUUCAUAUUUGUAAAGAGAUACAACGAAAAGGGAAUCGAUUUUUUCCAAAACCCUAUCGAUUUCCUAAUGGAGAUGGUUCGGAAAGAAGCAACAAAGAAACCUGCUACCAAACCUUUAUUCAUGCUAUUACUUUUACAAGGAGAAAGAAACAUCGAAGUAAACAACAUUGAAGAAUGUUGUCAAGUUUUCAAGGUGCAUAAAAUCGAUGAACACUAUGGCGAAUUUUCGGGGAAGGAAUAUAUUAUGGUUGCAGAAAAGUUAGUAGGAAACAUUCUUCGAAGAGAGAGUGGAAAUUGUUUUAGAUUUAGCCAUGCGCUUUAUAAGGAGACUGUAGAACUUUAUUUCGCUGGGGAAAAUCCCAAGUUUGCACUAAACUAUGUUGACAUCUGUGUCUUAUUGGAAAAAGUUAGAUUUAAAGACCGGAUUGAGAAUCCCAGAGGUGCCGUGAUUAUAGACGAUACACAAAAAAGAAAACUUUUCGUGAAUAGAGUACUUCAUGAAAUUUUGAAUGGAAAUGUAAUGGCCAUUUGUCGGUGUGGAAUAUUUGACGAUGACGUAUUCAUUACGUCAUUUGUAGAAAGGUUUUAUGAAGUAGAGGAGGAUGGAGAUCUACAGAAGUCUCAUUUUUCAAAGAUAGCAAAUUGUGAAGACAGUGUAAAAAGUGGAAACAUUAUGAAGUGGUUGAUUGAAGAAGGAAAAGGUAAAAUGAGCAGUGAGCUCUUGAAACUAUUCUGGGAACGAGAAAAAAAUUACCAGUCGAUGGAAGAAAAGUCAAACUUACUUAUCAAUACUUGCAAGCAUGAUAGCAACAUUGAUUUAUUAGAAUUACUAUUACAAAAUGGAGCACAAACCAGCUUUUGUGCAGCAUGCAAUUCAUCCAAAGAAACCAACUUUUUGUUUCAUAUAUGUCCUUUGGAAGAAGCUGCAUCAAAUAAAUGUGACAAAUUGGUGCUGAUUUUGUUGGCAGAAAAAGCAACAAUACCUCAUUUGUACUGGCCGUGUUGGGGAUAUUUACACAAAGCAGCCGAGCACAAAGUACAAUCAUUGUGCUGCAGUGAGUUUAUUUUGACAUUGAUGAAGCAUUCAGAAUUUGAUACAGAUUCCAGGUCACAAAAUGGCGUUGUACGCGAUCAUAAUAUCUCUCAAAACUACCUGAAAUUUGGUCAAGAUGUCAUAAGAUGUGAUGCAGAUGUCAAUUCCUUCUUCUUAAUUUGCUGCAAAUUUUUACAUUUGAAUGACCAAUGCAUGGACUUCUUUAAAGAUUUGAAUAUCAAUUUUGAUUUCAAAAAUCAACACCAAGAAAACGCAUACCACAUGUUGUUUCCAUGUUCAGAUGAUGAAGAUAGAGUCCUUCAAGCAAUGUUUUGUCUCCAUACGGUGGAAUGUGAUGUAAAUGCAAAGGAUAGCCAAGGAAAAACACCGUUAGCCAUAUGCCUUUUGGAAGACAAUGUUCCCCUGAAUGUUGUGAAUGUGCUUUUGGAAAAAGGUGCGAGUCUUACUGUGCCUGACAAAGAUGGAAAGUCUCCAACCUAUGGGUUGAUAGCAUCAAGUAAAGAAGACUCGAAAAUUCUUCCUAUUUUAGAAGUCAUGACUAAAUAUUUGAAAACUGAAGAUUCAGAAGUUCAUAAGCUGUUACAAUAUACCAUGAAGCGGAAUAUCAAAAGGAAAACAUGUUUGGAUUUUCUGAUUACUAUUUGCAAGGAAAAUGAAAUACUACUCUUUAAAGUUAUAAGAUGGGCAAUACUAUCUGAAUAUAGAGAGAAAGACAUAAUCCAUUUGAUGGAAUUAUUCGCAAAAGAAAUUCAGUAUGGUCUCGUUAGGAGAAAUGAAACAAUCCUAACGUUAACCCUGCAACAUCGUGUCGCUGACAACGAAUUGCUAAACUUUGUUAUGGAGGACAAAAGUGUACUGGAUGCCACGUUUGACAGAGGAGAUACACUCUUAACAAAAAUUGCAAAAAUUACCGUUGGUAUAGGUGACUCGCUUGAGUGUAUAAUGAGGAAAUGGAAUCCUUCAAAGAAAUUAUUAGACAAAACAAAUGAGAAUGGGGAUACGAUGCUCCACUUACUUGUUCAAAAUAAAACUCGCUUGACAAAAGUCAUUGAGGAGGUACUAAAAACAGGCGCAAGUAUAGAUAAUAAAAAUGAAGACGAAAGAAAUGUAAUACAUUGUCUUCUUCUUUCUGAACACGACGAUGAUUAUUGUAGCAUCAUUUUGAAUAUUUUCAAGAAAUAUUCAGAACAGUUUCCCACGACAUUAGCUGCAAAAGACAAGAACCUGUAUACCCCUGUCAUGAUUGCCUUUUUGAGAGCAAAUUCUAGGUUUACAUGCAUAAAGCUCUUUCUCGAGAACUAUUACAAAGAAUCGUGCGUUACGUAUGUCGACUGGCAUAAGAAUAAUGUCGGUCAUCAUAUUGCAACGUCAGAUCUUAACGAUGAAAAUUCACAUUGGAUCCUAGAGAAAGCAGCCAAGGACAUAAAGUUUGACAAUUCUAAUUACAUUGGACAAAUUCCAUUACAUUGUGAAAUAGAGAAUGAAAAUUUUAGGCCCAAAUCCUUGUGCUUUCUUCUUUCGAAAACAAGGUUUAGAACAGAAAUUCUUGAAAAGAUCGUUGAAGAAAACAAAUUAAAAGCCGAUAUUGUACACACAAUUUUGAUGCAAAGCGCUAGACAAGUGUUCACCGAAAAUCCGUUUUUAUUCAUGAGUAAAUGUGAUACUUUCAAAGCAGAUGAAACAAUAGACUCCGUGAUUGAACAGUUUUGCAUGCGUGGGUUUGAUAUCAAUGAGGGGGAUGGAAAUCGCGAUACUCCAAUUUUACAUGCUUGUAAGAAGAACAAGUCUUUGAAAUUUAUACAAGCACUGGUAAAGUUUGGCGCCUUGAAAGAUGUCAGAAAUUCCACAGAUGAAACAUGCUUGCAUUUAUGCAUGUCAUCAAAUAGAGAUGAUGAUCAGACUUUCGAGUUGGUGAAAUUCCUCGUAUCUACUGAUAUAGUCAAUUCUAAAGAUCACAGAAAAGAAACCCCUCUUAUGAGAGCUGCUAAAAGUGAUUGCCCACGAAGGAAAGCAAUGAAACAUCUCUUGGUUAAUGGAGCUGAUGCCAGCUUACAAGACAUCGAUCUGAAUUCUGUAGUACAUCAUUGCAUUGACUCUCCCAGAAAUGAUGAAGAAGUUGAACAAUUACUGCAAGAUAUGGCAGGUUACAUCGAUCUCGAAUCAAGCAACAGAGAUGGGUUGACGCCAUUGAACCUCGCCUCCAAAAACUGUAAAAGAAGUCGUAUAAGAACACUGACUUGGUUGCUAAAGAAUGGAGCAGAUUUUCAAAGAACAGACACAUUUGGUCGAUCUCCAUUUUACAAUGCUGUUUCGUGCAUGGAAUCUAUGAAUUCCACAGUUGUUUUAGAAAGAAUUUCAAGAUUGGUCUUAUUUGUAACAUAUCAGGUUCCACACAAUAAAUCUGAUAGAAAUGGUCAAACACCCAUGGAGUUUGCUUCGGAUAAAAAUCUUUCGGAUGUAAUAGUUCUUCUGGAAAGAAUUAGUCCAUAUUCAAAUACUCUUUGCGACUAUCUCAUAGAAGCAUUGGACAAUUUUAAUUAUGACAAUCAAAGAAGCAUUGAGGAACAAUCACUUUUUGAAGAAGGCGUUGCAAGACCAUUGGUCAAUAAUUUACUAUCAAAAGCUUGUCAUCUCCUUAGGGAUGUAUGGUUUGAUGACAUUCUUAGACAAGAGAUCGAAAUAUAUGACGCGAGUGAUUUUAUUGAAUUUUACAAUGAAAGAGAGAUUUCCAACCUAACAAUCAAAUCCGAGAAGCAAACACCUUCAGAAUUGAGAUAUGGACAAGUGAAUAUAGCGAAAAUUGAAUCUUCAGAAUCGGAAGAUUAUUCUUCAGUCGAAGGCCCGGAGCGAUCACCGAGUCCGUUAGAAAGUUUGUAAAUCUCUUUACAGCUGAUUCAUUCAUCGAAACAAUUGUUUUUCAUUGAAUUAUUUUAAGAUCAUUCUAAUUAUCGAUUAUUAUGUCUGUUGUAGAUACACACUGCUAGUGUAACAUGCAAUAAAAAGACAAUCUGAAUAUUAAGACAGUAACGUUACUGCUGAUUCUUCAUCUGAGAAAAAUGCAAUCAAGCAGGAAUUUUUUUUCAGUGAAUACACUCCCUUCUCCAAUGAUAGUAAAUGUAUAUGAAAAUUUAAAAUCGCUUUUCAAUUCAUUAU